UCCUGGCUACGGACAAGGACAAUGGCAGGAAAAGUAAAAUGGGUGACUGAUAUCGAGAAGUCAGUGCUAAUAAACAACUUUGAAAAGAGAGGCUGGAUCCAAGUUUCAGAAAAUGACGACUGGAACUUCUACUGGAUGAGCGUGCAAACCAUUCGGAAUGUUUUCAGUGUUGAAACUGGUUACCGCCUCGCCGAUGACCAGAUUGUCAACCAUUUCCCAAACCACUAUGAGCUCACUAGAAAGGACUUAAUGGUCAAAAAUAUCAAGAGGUAUAGAAAAGAACUAGAAAAAGAAGGUAGUCCUCUUGCUGAGAAAGAUGAAAAUGGAAAAUACCUUUACUUAGACUUUGUGCCUGUCACUUUUAUGCUCCCAGCGGAUUACAAUCUAUUUGUUGAAGAAUUCCGUAAAAACCCAUCCAGUACUUGGAUUAUGAAACCCUGUGGAAAAGCUCAAGGGAAAGGGAUAUUCCUUAUCAAUAAACUUUCACAAAUUAAAAAGUGGUCUCGAGACAGCAAAACAUCUUCGUUUGUAUCUCAGUCCUCCAAAGAAGCAUAUGUGAUUUCCCUGUAUAUCAAUAAUCCGCUACUGAUUGGUGGAAAGAAAUUUGAUCUGCGUUUGUAUGUAUUAGUAUCUACUUACCGUCCUCUGAGAUGUUACAUGUAUAAACUUGGGUUUUGUCGGUUUUGCACAGUCAAAUAUACACCAAGCACAAGUGAACUGGACAACAUGUUUGUGCAUCUUACAAAUGUGGCCAUUCAGAAGCAUGGGGACGAUUACAAUCAUAUCCAUGGUGGCAAAUGGACUGUGAGCAAUCUCCGCUUGUAUCUAGAAAGCAUUCGUGGGAAAGAAGUCACCAAUAAGCUCUUUGAUGAAAUACACUGGAUAAUUGUGCAGUCAUUGAAGGCUGUUGCACCCGUAAUGAACAAUGAUAAGCACUGCUUUGAAUGCUAUGGAUAUGACAUCAUAAUUGACGACAAGCUUAAACCUUGGCUUAUUGAGGUCAACGCUUCUCCAUCUCUUACUUCCAGUACUGCCAAUGACCGUAUUCUCAAAUAUAACCUUAUUAAUGACACCCUUAACAUUGCUGUGCCCAAUGGGGAAAUUCCAGAUUAUAAAUGGAAUAAAACACCCCCUAAGGAAGCCCUUGGAAAUUAUGAGAUUUUAUAUGAUGAAGAGAUGGCCCAAAGCGAAGGACCAGAUCGUGAUUUCAGAAGUCGCUCUGGACAAUCUGUUGGACCUAAAGGAAUUCGAGCCAGAGACUCUGGAAAACCAGGGCCCAUUACGUGGAAGUAACUACAGAAUGAACAAGAGGCCAGUGCUUCCUGAAAUUAAGGACUGUGGUUUGGGUAGGAAGUUCUUUUGAAAUGAUUUUAGACAAUACUCUUCUCUUUUGC